AUGGCCAACGGCAGCGGUGGCGGCGGCAACGGCGGCGGCCUCGGCGUGGUCGAGGCUCUGCAGAAUGUCGCGCCGAACUUGUUUCCGCCCAUUUACAUACCAACCGUACAGGACAACGGCACUGAGGCGUUCAACUACACGGACGCAAUCGAGCGCGAGUACGUCGAGGACUACGUGUUCCAGGCGGCCUUCUCGUUCGUUUACCUGCUCAUAUUCACGCUGGGCGUGUUCGGCAACGUGUUGGUCGUGUACGUGGUCUGGGCCAAUAAGCACAUGCGCACCGUCACCAACAUAUUCAUCGUUAACCUGGCCGUGUCGGACAUCAUGCUCUGCGGACUGGCCGUACCGUUCACGCCCCUCUACACGUUCACAGGUACGUCGAUAUCAUAUGCCUAUAAUAAUUCAAUACUAAUAAAAAUCGAUUUUACUGCCGUGUUCGCUCCCCUUUUCCGCUUCUCUGCGGUACACGGUUAUCCAGAGCCGUAG